CUAACAAAGUCACAAAACACGGACGCAAACAUUAAACGCCGUACUAGCAUUGGGACACAUUCCUUGGCUCGCCCACUCGCCUCCCAAACCUCAAAACCCUUCCCAAAACUCUCCGUCUCUCUAAUGGAAGACGACGAUGAGUUUGGAGAUCUGUAUACGGACGUGCUCCUACCUUUUGCUUCGACACAACCAUCAUCAUCGUCAUCCGCGGCUCCGCAGCCUCGCCAGGCGUCUCAUUCCCCACCACCUCUCCACCAUCCGAUUCACCUCAACCUCCGUAGCGACGGCAACGAGAUCCUCUACGGGGCUCCCCGCUCCAAUUCCGCUGCUCCCAAUCUUCCCUCCGAUCAAACCCUAGCUCCCCGCCCUGCGGAUCCCACUCCCAUACUCGAGCCCCCCGCCGGGACUGAUUCGGCUCAGAAUUUGAAGGCUGGCGACGUGAGGGAAGAUGAUUUAGCUACUGGGUCAAGGGUUUUGGAUAAAGGAGAUGCUGGAUUGCCGAAAAGGGAUCCUCCGGAGGAUUUGAACUAUGCUGGGGACACAGCUGGGGAUUUGAUGGAAAAGGACAUAAAUUUCGAUAUCGAGGAGGGUAAUACUGGAAUUUACGAUGCGGGUUCCGAGCCGAUCAUUCCGGGACUCUCCGGCUCGCCGGCGGCUAAUCUUGAAGCUUCUAGGGGAGACGACGUGGUUGCCGAUAAUGAUUGGGACAGUGAUAGCGAGGACGAUUUGCAGAUAGUGUUGAAUGAUAACAACCAUGGGCCCAUGGCAAUGGAGAGAGGAGGAGUCGUCGGUGACGAUGAUGAUGAUGAUGAAGAUGGGGACCCGCUGGUUAUUGUGGCGGACGGGGAGCUGAAUCAGGAUAUGGAGGCACAGGAAUGGGGCGACGAUUCCGUGCAGACGGCAGCGGCGGAUGGAGAGAGGAAGGAGACAGGCGAGGUGGGAAAAGUUAGUGGUGGGGGCGGUGCCGUCAUAGCCCCAAAAAUUGGAUAUAGCAAUCAUGGAUACCAUCCAUUUCAUUCUCAGUUUAAGUAUGUUAGACCUGGUGCAGCACCGAUGCAUGGAGCAGCUACCUCCAUUCCUGGAGGAGCCCCAGGUCAGGUUCGUCCGAUUGCCAACACAGGUCCUGUUGCUGGUCGUGGUAGAGGUGACUGGAGACCAAUGGGAAUAAAAACUGCGCCUUCAAUGCAGAAAGGUUUCCAUUCGGGUUUUGGGUUGCCUGGUUGGGGUAACAACACUGCAGGGAGAGGUUUUGGGGGUGGACUGGAAUUCACACUUCCUUCACACAAGACUAUAUUUGAGGUUGACAUUGAUAGUUUUGAGGAGAAACCAUGGAAAUAUCCUGGUGUCGAUACAUCAGACUUUUUCAACUUCGGUUUGAAUGAGGAGAGCUGGAAAGAUUAUUGCAAGCAAUUGGAACAACUCCGCAUGGAAUCUACUAUGCAAAGCAAAAUUCGGGUUUAUGAAAGUGUACGAACGGAGCAGGAGUAUGAUCCAGACUUACCCCCGGAAUUAGUAGCUGCCACUGGUGUUCAUGAUGUUUCAGCUGAAAAUGCAAAUCUUGGAAAGUUGGAUGUUGGACAGAGUGAUUUAGCAAAAGGAUCUGCUCGUUUGCGCCCACCUAUUCCUACUGGAAGAGCAAUACAGGUGGAAGGUGGUAAUGGUGAACGUCUCCCUUCCAUUGACACCCGACCUCCUCGCAUCCGUGAUUCAGAUGCCAUAAUUGAGAUUGUCUUGCAGGACUCUUUAGAUGAUGAUUCCUCCACAGUAAAUGGUGCCCUAGAACCACCAGACAAUGAUUCCUCGAGAGAGGAUUUUAGAGCAGGUGAUGUAGCCAAAGAAGAUGCCGUCCAGGUGGACAGUGGGGAUUUUGAUGCUUUUCCACGGGCUUACAAUGGUCGAAAGAGAGAUCAGGUUGAUAGAAAAAGGAUGACAUUAAUGUCUUCUGUUGCUGAUAAUUUACCUGAUCGGGAAGGGAAAUUUUCUUUUCCUCCAGAUGCUCCAGCCCAGAAUCCUGGUUCUAGGAGGCCGACUUCUGUCUAUCCUAGCGAGAAGUUUGGCACCCCUUAUGAUGAAAGGCAGACACAGGGAAGAGAACUUGACAAAUCCCCUCAUAUGACUCCCAGUCGAAGUACAUGUGCUGGUAAAUUUCAGGAUACCCAGACGGAAGAAUCAGUUGAUAGCUUGAAUGGUAAACGUAGUCCGAUAUUAUCAUCUCCUGACACAGUUAGGGAUGUCAGGGAGUUGAGUGUUGAGCAUAGUGAUGCUGGGGAUGAUGUGCUUGUGCUUGCUGAUGGAAGCCCUGUAAUGGACAAGGAUGAAAUAGAGAAAGAUGAAAGGACUUUGAAUACGUUAGACAGAGAUGACAACCUUGGCGAUGGACUGGUAAAGAAGCAGAAAUUGAGUUCUCAAGUGCAACAACCUGCGCUCCAAGAAUUUGAUGAUGCAGGGGAGUCAAGGGCUGAAAGUAGCGAAAAUAACAAACCAAGAUCAGGAAGCAGCAGAGAGUAUCCAAAGUGGCGGGAUGGGGCUGAGGAGGAAGCCAUUCAAGAAGGACACUCAAAACGCAUGGAGACCAUGAUGAAAAAUCACCUUGACAAAAAUGAACUAGGUCUCCGAAGAAAGAACCGUGAUGGAAGACAAGAGAUGGAAAGGAAUCACAUGGUAGUAAAAGGAACAGAAGAUUACCCCUCCAGAGAGUGGGAUUCCAGCUCAGGUCAUCAAUUGCCUGUGAAAUCUGAUGGGUUUAACAGACGAAAGGAGAGGGACAAUUCUGAUGGACCCUGGCGACGUAGAGAUGACGAUCCUUAUAACAGAAGGAUUAAAACUGAAGACAUGAGGAAGAGGGAGCGCGGUGAUGAAAUUGGAACCAGACACAGGGAUAAGGUUAGAGAUGGCGAGAGGAGUGAGAAAGAUGAAUAUCUACAUUCAAGAAAACAGUUAAAUAAUGGCAGCUAUAGGGUUCAGUAUGAUAAGGAGGCUGGUUCACGCCACAAGGAAAGAGAUGAUGGUCUGAAGGUUCGGUAUGAAAAUGUCGAUGAUUACCAUAGCAAGAGAAGGAAAGAUGAGGAAUAUCUGAGUAGGGACCAUGGUGACAAAGAAGAAAUAUUGCAUGGCCACAGGGAAAGUACUAGCCGUCAAAAGCGAGAAAGGGAAGAAGUUUUGGACCCUCGAAAGAGAGAUGAACAGCUAAGACAUAGAGAUAAUCUUGAUGAUCACCACUCCGUAGGGCACAGAGAUGAGAUCUGGUCGCAGAGAGAAAGGGGUGUAAGGCAGAGAGAGAGGGAGGAGUGGCAUCGGUUAAAACAGUCUCAUGAAGAUUAUCUCCCCAAGCGGGAAAGAGAUGAAGGACGGGUUGCUGGAAGGGGUGGGCGUGGUCUAGAGGACAAAGCAUUAAUUAGCCAUCCUAGGGCAAAGGAUGAUUACAGAGGAUCUGAUAAAGAAUACCAAUCAAAAGACAUGGUCCGACACAGCGAACAGUCCAAGAGAAAGGACCGAAUUGAGAAUGAAAGUUCACAUCGCAGGGGACGUGAUGAUGUUUAUCCACGUGGAAACCAAUUUAGUAAUGAUGAAAGAUCCAGGCCAGAGAGGUCUAGUUCUCGUAAUGAUCGUGCAGUUAAUGCUUCUGAUGGCCAAAGAGGACGUGACAAAAAACAUAGAGAGAAUACAAGAAAGAAUAAAGACUAUGAGGGUGGUGAUCACAAAGAUUUUGGCUCUUCCAAGAGACAUCAAGAAGACCAAAGUGGUCGAAUUAAUGAGACGGGCUUGAAAGGGUCCAGUGAUCAAGGGAAUGCAGACCAUCAGAUCCCAGUGCAUCGUCGUGUGUCCAGAAAACAUAGGGAAGACGCUUCAUCAGAAGAUGAACAGCAUGACUCAAAAAGAGGGCGCUCCAAGUUGGAACGAUGGACUAGCCACACUGAGAGGGACUAUAGUAUCAACGGUAGGUCAUCAUCUUCCUUGAAAUUCAAGGAGAUUGAUAGGAAUAACAAUGGUGCAUCUAUUGAAGCCAGCAAACCUCCAGAUGAAUUUACCAAGACAGUUGAGGCUGUUGAUAAUCGACAUCCAUUGACUGACGAAAAAGAUGUCUCUGAUCUGGAAAGCAAAGAUGUUGAAACAAAACCUUUGGAGGAAAGGCACCUUGAUACAGUGGAGAAAUUGAAAAAGCGAAGUGAACGGUUUAAGCUUCCAAUGCCAAGGGAGAAAGAGUCCUCGACAACUAAGAAGAUGGAGAGUGAAGCACUGCCUUCUUCCAAAAGUGAGCCUUCUGAAGAUUUAGAGAUCAAACAAGAGCGGCCGCCUCGGAAAAGAAGAUGGAUAAGUAACUAAAUGUGAAAUCGAGGGACCUGUAUUGUUGUUGUUGAUUUGCUCCUGCAGUAUAGAGCGAAGUCUUGGCCUGAUUCUUUAUCACAGAGCUUAGCCAGUUCAUGAGUUGGUCACGUAUCUCUGCGAUAGUUGUAACAUCUUGUAACCAUGAUGCCACCCUAUACUUCUGAUAUCAUGUGUAAAUACCGGUGAAUGUAACAUUGAAUUGAUCACUGAUGGUGGCAAAAAGAAUUAUAUUUAGCUAUAUUUCUUAAAAUGUAUGACUCAGAGUUAAUAUGGGUUGCGGGAGGUGGCAAAUCUGAUCUUUGGGGAAGCCAAGAGGCAAGGCUGGUGAUGUCAGCAUAUGCUGGUUGUGGCAGAUGUUUGAAUAGAAGAACUGAUGCAGAAAACAGCAGUUUUUAGCUCUAUCUGAAUUCUGUAUCUCCGAUUGGUUGACAUUCUUUUUGCAUUCAUUUUAUGCUGUAGAAAGAUAGAUAGUUGAAGUAGAUGCUCCUUCUGUACUUCUCGAAUUAGUGAGUUUAAAAGAAAAGUUACGAAAUUUUGAAGAUAAAGAAACAAGAAAAAGCAAUGGUUUUAGUCA